AUGGCAGGAAAUAAGUUAGAAUCUGUCCUUUUAGUUGGUGGUUCUGGGUUUUUGGGACUUCAUUUGAUUCAACAAUUUGUCUCUCAUUGCCCAGGAAUAAAGAUUACGGUGUUUGAUGUUCGUCCCUUGCCCAAUAAGUUAUCCAAGUUUUUUACCUUUGAUCCCGAAACGAUUGAGUUUUUUAAAGGGGAUUUAACCGAUGCUGAUGACGUAGCUGAAGCUAUUCGAAAAUCGCAAUGUGAUGUACUUGUCCAUUCAGCAUCACCAAUGCAUGGACUAUCACAAGAUAUUUACGAAAAAGUUAAUGUGCAAGGUACAAACAACUUACUCAAAGUGGCCAGAGAAACAGGUGUUGGAUCAUUUGUGUAUACGUCAUCGGCAGGUGUUAUUUUCAAUGGCCAGAAUGUCAUAAAUGCCAAUGAAACGUGGCCAUACCCAGAAGUACACAUGGAUGGAUAUAACGAAACUAAGGCUAUUGCAGAGACGGCAGUUUUGGAAGCAAACAAUCCCGCAAACGGGUUCAGGACUGUUUGCUUGAGACCGGCUGGUAUAUUUGGUCCUGGUGAUCGUCAAUUGGUCCCUGGUUUGAAAGCGAGUGCCAAAUUAGGUCAAUCCAAAUAUCAACUAGGUGACAACAACAACUUAUUUGAUUGGACCUAUGUUGGAAAUGUUGCUGAUGCGCAUGUGCUUGCGGCGCAAAAACUAUUAGAUGAGACCACAAGAGAUCAAGUUAGCGGAGAGACGUUUUUUAUCACUAAUGAUGCGCCAACAUAUUUUUGGACAUUAGCAAGGACAGUAUGGAAAAACGACGGAAUUAUUGACCCUUAUUAUAUCAAGUUAAAUAGAACUGUUGCCAUCGGAUUGGGUUACAUUUCACAAUUUGUUUCCAACUUUUUGGGUAAAGAACCAGGAUUAACUCCAUUUAGAGUAAGGGUUGUUUGUGCCACAAGAUACCAUAACAUCACCAAAGCUAAGACAUUGUUGGGGUAUAGACCUGCCGUGGAUUUGGAGACGGGUAUCAUCAAUACUCUUGAAUGGAUGAAUGAGAAAUUAUGA